AUGGCCGCGACCGAGAAACGUCCCGAGAUCAUCGACCUUGCUCGGGGACUGGCAGGAGUGCCUAUGUGCGAUGACUAUGAGCGUAUGAUAUCCGGAAUGAUGUACAAUCCCAACAUUCCGCAGCUGCUAGAGGCGCGGCAUCGCUGCCGUGGACUUGCCGCGGACUUCAACAAUCUGGACACCAGAACUGUGACAUAUGAUAAGAUCGUCGACAAACGUUUUGAAUUAUUGAAAAAGCUCGUUGGCAAAGUAGGAGAUGGAACGUUUAUCGAGCCACCCUUUUUGCCUGACUAUGGGUGCAACAUUAUCAUAGGGGAGGAUUGCUUUUUCAACUGGAACGUUACCAUUCUAGAUACUAGUCUAGUUGUCAUUGGCGAUCGCGUGCAGAUUGCCACUGGGGUUAGCAUCAUCACUGCUGGUCACGAUACCAGCAUUCUUUCUCGCCGCAAGUUCGUUGAGUUUGGUCAUCCGAUCUUCAUCGAAGACGACUGCUGGAUUGGAAGUAAUGUGACCAUUCUUCCCGGUGUACGCAUCGGCCAGGGUUCAACCAUUGGGGCUGGGUCGGUUGUCACUAAGGAUAUCCCGCCGUUCUCUGUCGCUGUUGGCACACCUUGUCGCGUGAAGAAGACCAUUCCAUCGGCGGAAGAAGAGGAGCAAGAUCCCAAUAACCAAUAUCGCAAUCUUGUUCGUGAGGAUCGAUAG